AGUCGCGCGAGAGCGAUAUCACACGAGCUCCGAUGGAAUUAUAGUCCGGCCACCUUCAACAGCCUCGAGGACGAGUUAUCAUUUCCUAUCUCCCUGUUAUCAUGAGGCCAACUUGCGAUCUUGUCAUUUUAAUCCUCUUCGCUGACGCCCUUUGCCAUACCUGGGCUCUUUUCUCGCCGAAUCCCGAGAAGCUUUUGAGCAUUUAUUUGCGAUUAUACAAUGGAGACACGCUGGACGAGUUUGUGGACGUGUACGUGGAAAAUGCUACAAUGUUGCUCCCUAAAAUGCAACUGUCACGUAAAACCGCGUUUUACAUCCACGGAUACACCGAAAGUGUGGACUCGAAUAGUGUGAAAACCAUCGUCGGAGGAUAUCUGAAGCGCCAGGAUCACAAUAUCAUCGCCGUUGACUGGAGCAAACUGGCGGCGAGUCCUUACAUCAGUGCGAUUUCCAAUAGCAAAGAUGUCGGGAUCACUAUUGCUCGGGCUAUACAGAAAAUGGUCGAAGGAGGUUUAAGUCGCGAGAAAAUACACGUCAUUGGACAUUCCUUGGGUGCACAAGUCGCGGGAUUCCUUGGGAAAAACAGUAAUUUCCCGAUUCCAAGGAUAACGGGCCUGGACCCCGCGGGACCUUUCUAUAAUUUAGUUAUACCUCAUCUCGAGGCUGGCGACGCCGACUUUGUGGACAUUAUUCAUACGGAUGCAGGAAUAUACGGAACGAGAUUAGUUACAGGCUCUGUAGACUUUUUCCCAAAUGGCGGCGUUCGCGUCCAGCCUGGAUGCCCCGCCACCUUUGAAAUUGAAAGUCAGGAAGAUUUUUGUAGCCAUCAUCGAUCCUGGGUUUUCUACGCGGAAUCGUUGACAGAUGAGGACUCCUUUAUCGGCAGAAACUGUUCCUCUUAUCUUCGUUUCACCACGGGGGAGUGUGACAACAAUGAUACUGCUGUAAUGGGCUAUGCAACACCUCCAAAUACGAAUGGCACUUUCUACUUGAAAACCAAUUCGCAGUCCCCUUACGGCAGGAAACUCGAAGGGGCCGAAGGAAGCCUGUAACUAACGACCACAGGAUAGUAAUACACCUUCCUCGACAAAUUUCUCUCCAGGCGAGAGUAAAGACCUUCCCACAAGCUGAUACGGUUUAACAACCUCUUCGACUCCGUAAAGACACUUUUCCAUUCCCAUCGAUAAGCCAUAGAUGCAUCGCCACCCAUCCGUGAGAUUUUUCCACAAUUUUCCAUCACCAAUCAAGAUCAACAUCAAGACGUCGAGAUCAACCGCACUUGAGCUAGUCAAUUAGACACACUUGCCGUGGGGCUAUUCCCUCGAAACUAACGAAAAAAAAGGUAAUAAUAAUAACAAAAAAAAAAAAACGAUUUCAUUGAGAACCGAUUGCCUUUGAUUUCAUAUGAUGAACGAUGCGAUUCGGUAACGAGUGACAGUCGACCUUAAAACGUUUUUCGGUGAUUUCCAAUGAUUUCCAGUAAUUUCGAGCCUCCGAAUAAUCCCUCGGGAAUUUGCAUGAAAAGUAAAGGAUAGAUGACCAUCACAUCUUGCUGAAGUACCUUCUAAGGUGUUCGUGGGUAAUCUUGCAAGGCUGGUUCCUGGUUAUUAAUAUGCAAACCAUGAAUAUACAUAAAGAUCAGAGCUGCAACCGUCAGUUAUUGUAAAAAGUCGGACCGUACACCGAAACAAUGAGACUGCAUAAUGCGAGAUGGUCUUCCGGGCUUGAUGUCCGCUCAUAAAGGAAACGCUUCGAGGAGGACUUAGCCGAAGAGAUUUUUAAUUUCCGGUACUCUUCGUCGCGACAGUAGUUGGCGGAACACGUGUCGUAAUUCCCGCUUCGGUCACUCUUUUGCAAUUGAAUUGUCGUAGCCAGCUGUCAUUCGUGUCGGAGUGAACGUCGGUGAUUAAAGCACUGGCAAGGCCACUCGAGGGACUUUAUUCAAAUCUCUGGCACUGUGGAAACCAAUAAACGCACCUUCCAGUCCUAGAAGCGCGCA